AUGUUUGUUGAUUUUGGUACACAGGAUGAUGGCACUGAACCUAUGGACACUUCUGAUUAUCCUUGCUACUGGUUCUAUGAAGCAGUAAGUGGCGUUUGGCACAGAACUGAGGUAUUGUCUUAUUUUAUUACUAUUCCAAAGCUUUUUUCUAGCUGCUUUCAUGAAAAAAGUAUUCCUUUACAGGAUGAUCCAGUGAACCUCAUCAGCAGCUCAGAUCUGGAAAUCCUUUUCGCUAAAAACCCAAAUGGAGUUAUUACCAUCACCACAGCAGCAGGGAUCUUUAAAAUAGAUUUUUGUGGGUUCCUGAAGACCAACCUAAGGACAGGACAGGCACAAAAAUUAAAACGUUCUUUAUUCACUCAGAUCAGAUGCACAUGUGCAAACCAGGCUCCAUCUGUACCUGCUCACUGGGAGAAGAUGGACGCUAAAGCACCUUAUAAGGCUUUUACUGUAGACAGGCGAACAAGUGAGUUUGAGAAAGUAGAAAGGUAUGUGCGAGAAAUUGGUCUUCUGCAGGAACCUCUGAAAUAUAUUCACAGAAUACAGAAUGUUGACCUCUGGGAGCUGUACUGUAGGAAAAAAACCCAGCUGAUGAGAAUAAAAGGUCAGUCAGACAUUGAAGAACGAAUGCUCUUCCAUGGCACAGGGAAGAACAAUUUAGAUAGUAUUUGCUUGUACAAUUUUGACUGCAGAAUAUCUGAGUCAGUAAGAUAUGGUCACCUCUAUGGCAAAGGUACAUACUUUUCCAUACAUGCAUCCUACGCUGACAUGUACAGCAAGUCCCGAAGCCAGGGACACACAAAUGAGACACGAAUAAUGCUCCUUGCUCGUGUGAUUGUUGGGAAAUACACAACAGGGCAAAAGAAUCUCUGCAAACCUGAUGGUGAUCAAAUUGAAAAUAUACAUGACAGCUGUGUCGACAAUACUUUAUGUCCCAGAACUUUUGUAAUCUUUAAUUCUAACCAGAUAUAUCCGGAGUACGUGCUGGAGUAUGGUGGGUAAUAGGGUGAGAAAAUAUUCAUGGAAGUCACAGAAACAUUACUGGUCUAUUGAUUUUUGGAUAUAGAAGGUAAGAACAA